AUGAAACCCACAGCCUGCAUCGUCGCCCUCCUCACCCUCGUCGCAGCCGUCGACCUGGCCACCCUCCAGAAGACACUCCCCGCAUGCUCCCUCGAGUGUCUCGCCAAGGGCGUCGCAGUCCACGGCUGCGGCCUCACGCAGUUCACCUGCCAGUGCGCCCGGCUGGAGCCUAUCAUCCGCACCGUGGCCCCGUGCCUGGUCAAGAUGGGCUGCAGCCUGGAAAACAUGACGGAGACGGCCCGGGUCGUCUUGAAUCUCUGCCAAGAGGUGGCCCCGGACAGCGUCGGUGCUUCUAAGGCGUCGGCGACCGCCAGGGUGGCCACCUCGGGUGCAACGUCCCCCAGGUUGGAGCUUCAUGCGGGUUGCCUGGCCAUGGCUGCGGUUGCGGCUGCCGUCCUCAUGAUGCGAUAG